UAAUAGCAUACUUGUACUAUAUGGUCGAUUGUCUCAGAUACACAAUAUUUGGAAAAACCUCACAGAGAACAGGAACAUCAAAUUAUAGUAGCAGCAACAAGCAAAAAAACAAACAGCAAAGAUUCGUUCAGUUCAGUUUGUGGAGAAGAUUAGCUCUCGCAAAACAGAAAAAGAAAAAAAUGAAACAUAGAUCUGGAUGAAAGUGGUGGUAGCCUCAGUCAAUAGUCAGACAUAGGAACGAUUGUACGAACUUUGCAUCCUGUUUUAUUACUUUCGCGAUGACAAUAUACGUGUUGUGAUUGAUGCUGUAUAGUCAUUUAAGGGAAUUGGAUAUUCUGUGGUUAAACUUUAACUUGUAGGUUUGCAUUUUUCUUCGCCUUGCUGUAAAGCGAAAAGUAUAUUGCAACUUGAUUAUUCACGAUAGCAAUGGAGAAGCAAAGGUUUUCAUUGUUGCUGCUGGAACCAGGAGAGAUAUAUUUCGAGGAUUUUUCUGUGGAUUUGCUCCAGCUAGACGAUAGAAAUCAUUCGAGCGAAUCUCCAAUCACAUCGACAUCACCACCUUCGUCAUCAUAUGCAACGCAAUCUCUGAUCGGUCGACUGAAGAUGUGUUCUAAGUCAGUGGUAUUCGAGGCUAAGGAUAAUCUCCGCCUACCGUUGAUCAAAAUUGCCUACAAGGAUUGUCUACAGAUCCGUCGCUGGGAGCCGACCAGUGUCAAAGCAUUGGAAUGCAACGUGCUGGCCAUCAAAUGCUCCCAAUACACGGAGAUGUUGAACGAUAAUGUGGUUCAACCCUAUAACUUUCGGCAGCAUGAGCGCUUCUUUUUGUUCAACUUUCACUAUGCCAAGCUAGAAGACUACAUCCAGCAGAUGUGCCAACUUCACCGCGCUUCGACCUUGCCUGCCUACGAGCAGAACAGCAUGAUUGCUACCAUUGUCUUUUCGCGUCAUAAUCGAGUGCGGUUCAAUCCCCUGUGGCUGGACAAUCUGUACGAGAAGAUUAUCGUCGACUAUCAGGUGGAUGAAAUCAACCCUUUGGUGGUGAAUCCCGGCCGAUUGCUGCUAACUGAUGUGUUUCUAUACUUUCAACCGUACAACAACAUUCAAACGUAUCCUGUGCUUAAAAUUCGUCUCAAAUCCAUCAGAAGUUUCUUGAAACGUCGUUUCCUGUUACGCCACAUGGGGCUUGAGGUCAGAUGGAGCCAAGCUGACCAGGAGAAACUUCUCUACGUAUCGUUUCGAAAUCAGUCGGAACGGGAUGACUUUUUCAGCAAUGUAAUCAAACAAGAAGACUUUUCCGUCGUCGAGCAAAUCCCGGAGAGCAUCACCCUCAAAUGGCAGAAUGGCCUCAUAUCCAACUACGAAUACUUACUCUAUCUAAACAGCCUUGCUGAUCGUACAUAUCAAGAUCUAACGCAAUAUCCGGUAUUUCCCUGGGUGAUUUCUGACUAUACUUCCGAUUGGUUAAAUUUGAGUGAUCCUGGAAUAUACAGAGAUCUAACCAAACCGAUUGGUGCACUGAACGAGGAGAGAUUACAAAGACUGAAGGAGCGUUGUGAAGAAAUGGGUGAUCCUAAGUUUCUCUACGGUUCACACUAUUCUGCUCCAGGCUUGGUUCUGUUUUAUCUGGUGAGGAAAUAUCCCAAAUUGAUGCUUUGCUUGCAGAACGGAAGGUUUGACCACCCUGACCGGAUGUUCAACAAAGUAGAAGACGUAUUCAAUAACUGUUUGAACAACAUGGCCGACUUUAAAGAGUUGAUUCCCGAGUUUUACGAUACGGAUACGAAAGGCGACUUCCUGCUCAACAAAAUGAAAAUUAAUUUUGGCCAAAAGUUCGACGGUACACCGGUGAACCAUGUGGUCCUUCCUAAGUGGGCUGAUGGGAGUCCAGAGAAGUUUGUAGGACUGCUACGCGAAGCACUGGAGUCGGAUUAUGUUAGCAGCAGAUUGCAUCAUUGGAUUGAUUUGAUCUUUGGAUACAAGCAACGCGGCGAAGAAGCACUGAAGGCAGAUAACUUGUUCUACCAUCUCUGUUAUGAAGGAUCCGUCGAUUUGGACCAAAUAAAAGAUCUAGCUGCCAGACACGCGUUGGAAGUUCAAAUUUCCGAAUUUGGACAAAUUCCGAAGCAACUGUUUCGAACUCCACACGUUUCCAAACUGAUGAGCAUUAACUCUCCCUUACGAUGUCCGAGAACUUUGUCCAUGGAUGGAGAGCUUCGUAUCGCCAUGGAUGCCCAAUAUUUUUCACACAAGGAUGAAAUUACCUCAAUGUUGCUGGACGAGGAAUCGAAGCAUAUUUUUACAACAAGCAAGGACGGUACAUUCAAGUGCUACAGUUUGCACGAACGAAGGCAAAUUCGAAGCGUGCAGAUAAGCGACAUGCCGCUCAGUGCGAUACGGCUGACGAAUGGAAAGUCAGCUAUUCUGGGUUGUUGGGACAAUAGCAUAACUAUUUACAAUUUAGACUACGGCAAAAUCUCUCAGGUGAUUGCGGCCCAUGACGAUGCGGUGUCCUGUUUGUCCACUGUAAAAGGAUGCGAAGUUUUAGUAUCCGGUAGUUGGGAUUGCAGUGUCAAGAUCUGGAACAACUUCCACAUUGAUUCCGUGAUUGGUUACCUUCCGUUAGAGGACAAAAUCGUGUGUUUGGAUACGUUUCUAUCGGAUUGCUGCCUGCGGGUUGCCAUCGGCACUGCAUGUGGCGAAUUGUUUCUCUGGAAACUCGGAUUAACACGGAACCUAUCGGACCAGACUCCACCGGACAUUGAUACGCAGGACCAUAAACUCGUUUUGCAGCACAAAGACGCGGUGUGCGCGGUCAGAUUCAACCGCAAUUGUUCGUUGAUUGUAAGUUGUGGAGAAGAUCGCAUGUUUAACAUCGUUGACAUCGAGACGGGUAUGGUGAUAUUCAAACGGGAAAUGCUGAUGCCAAUCAGAAGCCUCUGCUGGGCAAAGGACGACAAGUAUCUCUUGAUGGGAGACCGGGGUGGAACGAUGCAUGUGUGGAACAUGUUGGAGGGUUUGAUUCAGAAAGAAGUACGAGUACACUCCGAUUGCAUUUACUGUAUCGGAUGCACGGAAAACAGUCAAAUAGUAACAAGUGGCAAAGACAACCGGGACUACUGUGUCAAAAUUUGGAAGAGCAAUCUGUGAGAGUGCUGCGUCCAUUUUUAGUAAGGUAAGUUUAUAUAAUGAUAGUCUUUUCCGUGAUAUUUAUGUACUGGAGAUUUCCGUGUAGACGGUUUUAUUUACUUUUCCGUGUUUUAAUAAAUUAUGUAUGAAUCUCGUGAUAUAGUUCGCGUAAGAAAAAUCAG